AUGGUUUCCCAUCUGCCAUGCCCCCCCCCCCCCCCCCCCUCUCUUUCUCUCUCCCUCUCUCUCAAGACCCCAGGGCCCCAGCCUGCCCUGCCCCGAUUCACCUCCACUGGCAGAUUGGCCUCCGCAGCAGGGGCGACGUGCCAGCUUCAGCCUUCAGCGCUUCUGCCCUCACAGCCAUCGGAGGGACAAGGGAGCUGUACUGUGCCACAAUUGGGGAGGAGACUGAGAGACCCCCAGGGACCAGAGACAGUUGUCCCAGGGUCUGCCCAGGGCGCUGCUGGCGUGGUCACACAGGAGGCCCGUUCGCUUCAUGCAGUGGUGGUGCAAGGUCGGGUACCACAGCAAAUCCCAUGCUUCGCCGUCGAAGGUGUGGAACGUAUGGUCCCAGUCGAGAGUUGGUCUAGAAGGCGUUUGGCGCCGACCGCCGCAGCGGGAAGCUGUUAUCGAUGGCGAUAG